UUCUGUUCGUGAGGCGGGCUGACCUUGUAGCACCCGCUUUCCCCCCCUUUUCAUGUUAUAAGAGUAACAAAAUCAUACUAGGGAAAAAACCAUCUGCUUCACUUUCAAUUUUAUCGUUUCCGUUAAUCUCCUAAAUUAACUCACUCCCCUCCAUUCGUUAAAUAGACUUUGGUACAACAACACCAGGUGGUUGGGAAUGGAGUUACAAUGUCCAAUAUUUUCACAAAGGGGUUCAGUUCGUGAAGUGGACUACCCACUACCAACCGCUUCCUCCCCUUUUCGUGUUAUAACGACUAACAAAAUCAUACUUGAGAAAACCCAUCUGUUUCAACUUUAUCGUUUCCGUUAAUCUCGCCUAGAUUGACUCAUCCUUCGUUAAAUAAUAAAUUCGACUUUGUUAGAACCACACGAGGUGGUUGAGAACCAGGUUACAACGUCUCAUAUUUUCAAAAAUUUUCUACUGAAAGUUUAUGUCCCGAAAAAAUAUAUUAGUCUCCAAAAUAUCAUUUACCUAUCUUUUUUUACUAUACACUCCUCGACGUCAUUACUCUCAUUACUAAUAAACCUUAGGCCGACAUAAUUCUAUUAAAUUAUUUGGAUGGGGAAAGUUGAGUAAGAGUGUCCGACGGAUGGAGAUUGUCUCGUCUGCACCCGAGCGGGGUGUUUUUAUUCAUCCCUAGGAUGUACUACCUCCCCUCCUACCAACACCUCCUACAUUCCACCAGCCGGACGUUGUGACGACCCUCCUCCUCCCACCCUCACACCAACAACAACAACAACAGUUACAACACAAUCACCACCCCCACAAACCAACAACUCCACAUGGACUAUAAUUUCGGUAACAGUGGUCAUCACCGCGACAAUCGUCAUGGUCGUCGUAGUGUUUAUAUAUCGAGUGAAGCGAACCGUGACUCGCCGUCGUCUUCACCCUCGACCCAUUCCUUACAGACGAUUUUUAGAUAACUUAGAAGAGGACGAGACUGAGCUCUGUGCUCAAGAAGCCGUCACCGCUCUCAACUCGGCGAUCGACACCAACCGUGUUGAAGUUGGACGUGGCACCGGCCAUUAGAGAUUUGGACUUUUUUGACCGUAGUGGUGGUGGUGCUGAUAAUAUUAUUUUUUAUGCAAGAAGCCAACUCUCAAAAAAUAAUUUUAAGUGAAUGUACAUACAUACGUACGUAUUUUUUUAUUUAUCAAACUCGUCGUCCUGGUCGUCAUGUUUUUUAGUGGUAGGUAGUGGUAGUGGUGCUAUUUUUUUAUAUAAGAAGAUGGAUCUCAACAAAUAAAUGUAAGGUAAAUACAUACAUACGCAUUCAUUCAAAGUCGUCGUCGUCGUCGUCGUCAUUUAUUUAUAUUUUUAUUUAUUUUUUAGUUUGUUUUUUCGCGGUGGUGGUGGCAGUGGUGGGUGUGGCGGAGGUCGUAUUUUUGGUCAUUGUCGUCGUCUUCGCCACGUCCAGGACCCACCCCAUCACGUCCACCAUCGCUUUCAAAGAUAAGCAUCGAUAAGCAUCAAUAUGCAACGCUACGCCACCCUUCUGCAUCGUUGUGCAUCCUUGUGACGCUCAGAGACACUUGUAUUAAGGCGGCGCAAGGGUGUACAACGGUGUCGAAGGGUGACAGAACGCUGCUUAUCGAUGCUUAUCAACGCUUAUCCUCCUUAGUGGCCACAAAGUACUCUACUUACACCAAUUCUAUUUAUCAACAUGAUGAUGAAUCCGCCCUUCCAGCCAAGUCACGGAUUAGCCUUUCUUCUAAAUAUGUUCAAAACUUUAUGUCAAACUUGAGAGAAGUGGAUGAAUUCAUGGAAAGAAACAUGCUCUGUGUUGUGUGUAUGUAGAGAAGAACAGGUAGAAGAUAAGAUUCCGGCUGCAUUGCAUCAAACACUGCAGGAUGAAUGGAAGGUGUUAACUUACCUUAUUUUUGUGCACCGGCAAUUUCAUAUAGAAAAUGGGAUUAGAUAACGUGCGAUUUAAAUGGACUCAGAUUUUCAUGAUGGAGAUCAUAAUAACACAGUUGAGUACCAUUUCAGGCGAAGUUUGUUACGUAAUAGAAUAUGAAUUUGUUGAAUAACAAAUUUAAAAAAAUUCAUAUCGUAUCGUAUGAAACUAUUUAGUGGGAGUGUUAAUAUACCAGAAUGCACUAGUGUGAUUGUACUAAUUUACGAUAUUGGAACGAGCAUUUUAAAUCUCGAAUAACAAAUAUACCAAAAAGAUUUUGAAAUGGCGGAUCCAACCUUGCAAACAUUUUGUUGUAUUGAAAACAACCUAACUCGUCCUGGGGUCGAUGUGAUUAUUCAAUUUCGAAGUGGGCCGUAUAACUUGGUGUGCAUUAUAUUCUCAGUUUGUGGAAUUCUAGGAGCAACAUAUCAGAUCUUGCCAAGGCACGAGCUACAAACGGGGGUGCGUCGCCCGUCAAACUAUCGUGUCCGGAGUCGCUACAUUAUCGCGUGGUUGGCGACGGCCGACCUCAUGGCGUCAAGUGCCGUUCUGGUCCGGGCAAUAUCUUGGAUCGUUGCGAAGAACUUGUUAAUCCCAACGACCAGCGUCUCGUUCGACACCUUCUUUUGCACAGUGUCCUCAGGCUGGAUACAAUAUUUCUACACGGCGACAUGUCUUUGGACGUUGUGCUAUGCGGUCGACGUUUUCAAAGUUUUCAACGAAAGAAGUGGCGUUCCUAAGCUGUACCAUGCCAUUUGUUGGGGACUUCCUGCCCUUCUCACCGCCGCAGGACUGGCAAUCCUCUACACCCCAGAUCUUAACUGUCAUUCAAUGCUCACAAAUCCAUUUAGGAGAAUACUGCCCAACUAUAUUUUCACCUACCUCCCAAUACUUACUGUGAUGCUAGUUAAUCCGAUCUUGUACUGGAGAACGUCUCAUGCGGCGGAACAACUUCUCGUUUCCGUCUCGGGAAGAUUCACUGAAAAUGAGAGGACACAUUUACGAAACUUAAAAUUGAAGUUUCUCUGCAUCAAUUUAGUAUUUUAUCUGUGUUGGAUUCCAAAUAUUAUCAAUGGCUUUAUGCUCUGGAUUCUGUGGGGCGACUUGCCCAAGGGGUUUGUCCUAUUCGACUGGUACUUAAUGGCAACAUUUAACCCUUUACAAGCCUGCUUUAACGCCAUGGUUUAUCGAAAGUGGGGUGACACGAAUACCGUUGUCAUUUAUCCAUGGACGAGACAUCCAAGUUCUCCCACGAUAUCGGAAGACUCGGACGAAUCAUCGUAUCUCCUGAACUCCAAUAGCUCGUCGAGCAAUAGUGACGACGUCGACCCCGACGUCUUCUUCAGAAGUGGAACUUACGGAAGCUUGUGACCCUCCUUCCUUUGACCGUCUCUGUUUACAUAUGUUGAUUUGAGACUAGAGUUAAUUACAGCUUUUUGAGUUGUUGAAAUGUUUGGGUGUUAUAUUAUUGUCUUCGUCGUUGUGCUAUUUUGGUCACAAUCUAUUUGGGUUGUUUUUUGUGUGACAAGUGAGAUACUUCAAGUGUAAAAGGUGAAAUGUGGCACGCUGAUGAGGUUGCAAUUGUCAAACUCAAGAUCAAUCAAUGCUGCAUAUCUAGUACUCUUGCUAAAUAGUUGAAAUGUCAUGAUUGAAAGUAAGUACCUUGAAAGUAAGAAGAAGUCACAAAUUGCAUGCACCUCACAAUACAAUCUCGACUUGAUAAUUAAUUAAGGAAAUUAUAUUUAUUUAUUAAUAACAAAGUCUAAAAUAUUCACCAAUUUGUCUCUCAUAUGUAAGUUUCUCAGGAUGUGUUUUCUCUGAAUAAAAAUCUCUUUCAAAAGUUUAA